AUGGGGGUUUUAAAAUUAUCACUUUUCGUUCUGGUAUUGUCCGGUUUGUUAUAUAUCUAUAAAGAAUAUAAACGUACAGAGAAUUUACAAAUACCUUUCGAUGGACGUUUUCAUCCAGAUUUUAAAGAAGUUGUGAAUAAUUUCAGAGAGAACUUUGAAAGUGGAAUUGAGAUUGGAGCCUCUCUUUCGAUUUUCCACGAGGGGAAGUCAUUAGUGGACGUAUGGGGUGGGUAUGCUGAUGUGACCACAAAGAGACCCUGGACAGAGGACAGACUCUCCAUUCUUUUUUCCGCCACUAAGGGAGUAACUGCUUUGUUGAUAGCAGUUUUUGUGGACAAAGGAUGGUUAGAUUACAAAAAGCCUGUGGCGUACUAUUGGCCGGAAUUUGGGGAAAAUGGAAAACAUGAAAUAACCGUAGAAAUGCUCCUUAGCCAUCAGGGAGGUCUAUCUAUAACAAAUGGAACAUUUCCAAUACAGUGGAUAGAGGAGCAACCAGAGAAAGUCUAUAGGUUUCUAGAGCAGCAGACCCCUUACUGGAAGCCUGGAACUGCUUAUUACUACCAUUCUAUCACAUACGGUCUUUUUGUUGAUUCCCUGUUAGCAAAGGCGGAUCCAAAACACAGGAGGGUGGAUCAAAUUUUUAAGGAAGAAAUAGGAGAUAAAUUUGGCAUUGAAUUUUACAAUGGGCUUCCAUAUCAUCUGUACUAUAGGACAGCGAGGUAUGAACCAACUCCAUUCACUUCUGUGUUGUGGAAGACUCUUACUUCUCUUGACUUUGAGCCACUCCUGACCAGGUACAAAUUGAUGGACCCGGAAUCCAUUAUGGGCAAAUCAUUUAUCUCCGGAACUGAUGCAAUUCCAGUGGAUACAGCAUUCAAUAUCCCAGAGUAUACUAAAAUUCCACAGUCUUCUUUAAAUGGAUAUAGUAACGCUAGAAACCUUGCAAAGCUGUAUGGAAUCAUUGCAAAUGGCGGAAAAAACGACGAGGGAACUCUUCUAUCAGAGAAGAUAAUUCAGGUUCUAGAGGAACCUCUAACUUCUGGAGUCAGUUUGGAUGGAAUGACAAUUUCCAAUUUUGGCCGUGGAGUUAUCGCUUUGAUUGAGGAUAAUCAACUGAUUGGGAUCGGACAUCCUGGGUAUGGAGGACAAAUAGCAUAUGCAGACACGCGAAGGAAGACGGGAUUUGCUUACGUCACUUCCCGAAUAAAGGAAGUCAGAAGGGGGGCCUUUUAUGAAGAAGUCAAACAGUAUAGAGAUAUAUAUUACAAGUGUCUAAAGAAACAUUUGCAAAACAAGAAAGCUUGAUGGUUGUAUGAAAAAUAAUCUGUUUAAAGGAAUAGCGAUUAUACUAUGUAGGUU